GAGGGAAGGGAAGGAAGGAAGGAAGGGAGAGAGAGAAGGAGUGGAAAGGCGGGACGCCGUCCGAGCGGAGAAAGGCCUGACCGACAAGAAGGGGCAGAGCUGCAAGCAGCGGCGGCGGCUCCGGGCCGGGCUGCAGGGGGGACCCCGAUGCACGCAACGCCUCGCCUCCCCGGCCAAGGCUUCCAAGGUGGCGACAGACAAGGUUGCAGGGAGAUUCAGUUCUACUCUCUCAUGGGUGAAGAACACUGUCAGUCAAAUGGCCAGCCAGGUGGCAAGUCCAUCUGUUUCAUUACACACUACAUCCUCCUCUACCACACACUCCACGCCAGCAGUGUCUCCGUCAUCGCCAGCAGAACUGAGUCCUGAUGAGGUAGAGCUACUGGCUAAACUAGAAGAACAAAACAGGUUGCUGGAGACUGACAGCAAAUCAUUGAGAUCAGUAAAUGGAUCAAGAAGAAACAGUGGCUCCUCACUUGUGUCUAGCUCAUCGGCUUCUAGCAAUCUUAGCCAUCUUGAAGAAGAUUCCUGGAUCCUCUGGGGGAGAAUAGUAAAUGAAUGGGAUGAUGUACGCAAAAAGAAAGAGAAACAGAUUAAGGAACUUGUUCGAAAAGGGAUACCACAUCACUUCCGAGCAAUAGUGUGGCAACUUUUGUGCACAGCUCAAAAUAUGACAAUCAAGGAUCAAUAUUCAGAACUCUUGAAAAUGACUUCGCCUUGUGAAAAGCUCAUAAGAAGAGAUAUUGCUAGAACAUAUCCUGAACACGACUUUUUUAAAGAAAAAGAUAGCCUUGGGCAGGAAGUUUUAUUUAAUGUCAUGAAGGCAUAUUCUUUAGUGGAUCGUGAGGUUGGUUACUGUCAAGGAAGUGCUUUUAUUGUUGGUCUGCUCCUUAUGCAGAUGCCAGAGGAAGAAGCCUUCUGUGUAUUUUUUAAAUUAAUGCAAGAUUAUCGACUUCGAGAACUCUUCAAACCAAGUAUGGCUGAGCUGGGCCUUUGUAUGUAUCAAUUUGAAUCCAUGAUACAGGAGCAACUUCCAGAACUUUUCAUGCAUUUUCAGGCCCAGAGUUUCCAUACUUCCAUGUAUGCGUCCUCAUGGUUCUUAACUAUUUUUCUUACAUCUUUUCCACUACCAAUUGCAACAAGAAUAUUUGAUAUAUUUAUGUCUGAGGGUUUAGAGAUUGUUUUUCGGGUUGGCGUGGCACUGCUUCAGAUGAAUCAAGUAGAAUUAGUGCAACUUGACAUGGAAGGGAUGUUACAGCACUUUCAAAAGGUUGUUCCACAUCAAUUUGAUGGUGGACCAGACAAGUUAAUCCAAAUGGCUUACCAAGUUAAAUAUAAUGCAAAAAAGAUGAAAAAGCUAGAAAAAGAAUAUACUACUAUAAAAACAAAGGAAAUGGAAGAACAAGUUGAAAUUAAGAGAUUGAGAACAGAAAACAGACUCUUAAAACAGCGAAUUGAAACGCUGGAAAAAGAAAGUGCUUCCUUGGCAGAUAGAUUGAUACAGGGACAAGUGACGAGGGCCCAGGAAGCUGAGGAAAACUAUCUUACAAAACGGGAGCUAGCCACCAUCAAACAACAGAGUGAUGAGGCCAUUACUAAACUAGAGCAAGCUGAGAAUACCAUCAGAGAGCUCCAGCAACAGCAACAAUGGCAUAAGAGCAGUUCCCCCCACAGUGAAGACUUUGUGCUGCAAUUGCAAAGGGAGUUGAUCGAAGCAAAACUCAGUGAAGCUGAAUCGCACAGUGCCCUGAAGGAAAUGCAAGAUAAGGUUCUUGAGAUGGAAAAGCGGAACAGCUCUUUGCCUGAUGAGAAUAACAUUGCUAGACUUCAAGAAGAAUUGAUUGCAGUGAAAUUAAGAGAAGCAGAAGCUCUUAUGGGUUUUAAAGAACUUCGGCAGCAAGUUAAAGAUUUAGAAGAACACUGGCAGCGUCAUCUAAUUCGCACUUCUGGAAGAUGGAAAGACCCACCUAAAAAAAAUGCUGUAAAUGAACUUCAAGAUGAGCUAAUGACAGUCAGACUCCGAGAAGCAGAAACUCAAGCAGAGUUAAAAGAAAUAAAACAACGGAUGAUGGAAAUGGAAACUCAGAACCAGAUCAAUAGCAACCAUUUACGGAGAGCUGAGCAAGAGGUCACAAACCUUCAAGGAAAGGUCCAGUAUUUGUCUGCACAAAACAAAGGGCUCCUGGCACAGUUAACUGAGUCAAAACGAAAGCAAGCAGAGAUUGAAUGUAAGAAUAAAGAAGAAGUAAUGGCUGUAAGACUCCGAGAGGCUGACAGCAUAGCAGCUGUGGCAGAACUCCAGCAGCAUAUUGCAGAACUAGAAAUCCAGAAAGAAGAAGGGAAAAUUCAAGGGCAACUGAAUAAUUCUGACUCUAGUCAGUAUAUUAGAGAAUUGAAAGAUCAGAUAGCAGAGUUGAAUCAUGAGAUCACAUGCUUAAAAAGUAAGAAAACUUUUCCAGGCACAAACACUUUCGAUGGGAUUCAUAUCGUGAACCAUUUGGUAGGAGAUGAUGAAUCACUGCAUUCUUCAGAUGAAGAUUUUAUAUCCAAUCACAUUCAAGAACACGGGAUCCAUUUUCAUUUGCACAGCAGAACUGGUCACAUGGAGCGGAAUCCAACAGUGGCAGACAGUAGUGACAGCGAUACUGAAAACACUGAAUCACUGAGCACAAAUACCGAGAAGGAAAACAAUAAAAAAAGAAUGGAGUCUUAUUCUACUACGGUGUGAUCACUGUGAAAAGUUUGGUUUUCAUUCUUCAAGGAGCUUCUUCCAUAAUUAAGAAAAUCAGCAUUAAGCACUCAAGUUGACUCGGUCCUUGCAUCUUAUCUGAUGCCACAGCCUGUAUCCAUCUGUGUUUGCCAAAUCUUUCUCUUUUACAUUAUUGCCAUAAAGUAGACUGAGAAGAUAUAGGGUGGUUGACAACUCUAACAGUAUUAAUUACUAUUCCUUGUAUAUUUCUCAUGCUGGAAGAUGUGCAUUCAUAAUUGCUGCCUUCUCAAGAAUCAUAGCUGCUGUUCAUAAAUAUGGAAAAUCAUUAUUCUUCAGAAGGAACUAUCUCGUGCAAUAGUUUAAUGCUCUGUGAACAACUAUGUUCCAUAAGCAAUUUGCAAUCAAGGCGGAUGUGUGUACGUUAGAAAUAUCAGAUAUGGAAUAUCUGAUUAUUUUGAGUGUCUUAUUUUUAAUUAACUUCAACUACUGGAGACUAACAGAGUUUCCAAUCUAAAGCCUCUAUUUGUGCUAUUUUAUAUAAUUAAUGGUCAUAUUUCAUUCUAAAGGAUUGAAAACUUGUCAACAUUUAUGUGCAUUUGUUUUUGACAUGUUGCUAAUGAAUUUGAUCAAAUACGUUAACUACAAAUAAUAUCUAUUUUGUAUAUAUUUGUAUAACUGUACUCCUACCUAAAAUGUAUAUUGAAUUUUGUAUGAGAUGUGUAAAUGUUAUAUGAGUGUCUUAGCAUUUUAAAAGAAAAAUGAAAUUAUGUGUAAGCAAGUAAAAUUGGGAGCGAUGUAUGGGAAAAAAUAAGAAAAAACACUAAUUCUCGUUCUGAGACUUCUGUGUAUCAGAUGAUCUACAGUUGAUGUCCCAUUUAAUUAUGUUUGAAAUGAUGCUAUUCACUGAAAUUUUAACUUUGUGUAUAUGUAACUAUAUAAUAAAACUUUUUUCAUGAUUUAA